UUCUCGAAAAUCACCUUACGUAACCGAGAGCUCAAUCUUUCCUCCCGACCAUUGGCCACAGAGAGCAGAGCACACGCAGGACAGGGAUCAGUCCUGCAUCAGACUCAUCUCAGCUCUCGCUCUCACUCAGUUCACCAUGGGGAUGAGUGGAAUUGGAGCUAUCAUUGGAGCCACAGUGGGAGCAGGAGUGGCACUGGUUGCCAUCCCAGCGUGCAUAGGCGCACUGGGGUUCACAGGAGCCGGCAUCGCCGCUGGCUCCAUCGCUGCCAAGAUGAUGUCAGCAGCUGCCAUUGCCAACGGGGGAGGAGUGGCUGCCGGCAGCACCGUGGCCGUGCUGCAGUCGGUCGGAGCUGCAGGUUUCUCUCUCGGUACCAAAAUUGGGCUGACAUCUGCACUGAGCACAGUUGGUGCAGCAGCUGGCGCCCUGUCCAAGUAACCUCCAAAUGACAAACCUAAAAAAGGGUAAAAAUCCAAGUGACAAACCCAAGAAAAAGUAACUCGGGUGAUGAACAUGAGGAGGAGACAACUCCAGACGAGGAACCCAGGAGAAGCCAAGCAGGUGCCUGACCCCAAGGCUUUGCAAUGCACAAUGGCAGGUGCUGGCAAAGCCCCACAGACCCCUCAGGGCUUUGCCUCCCCUUUCAAAAGCUUUGGAUUCUCUUGAGCAACAAGUGCUCAAUAAAGGCACUUUUGCUGCAGCAGA